GUUAAAAAGUUGAUAGGUUUUUUAUAAAACAUCUUGACAACUCCGGCAGUCAGCCCGAAGCUCUGAGCGUAGUCAGCUGAAAACAACCAACCAAAGACAUGAUCUAACGAUACGAACUCGUUUUCAAGCCUGAAGCAGGUCUCGUUUUCUCCAGGCGCUCGUUCAUUCACUCGAAUGCAGGAAGAUUGAACACCACGCGUAAAUUCGAGCCUCUUCGACUGCUCACUCUGUGUUAGCCGGUUGCCCACUGAUAAAAAAUGAGCUCCAAUUCAAAUUGUGGAGAUGUGGGUAUUCUGGCAAUUGAAAUAUAUUUUCCCAACCAAUACGUUGAGCAGAGUGAGUUAGAAGAGCAUGAUGGUGUCUCGAAAGGAAAAUAUACUAUCGGGCUUGGUCAGCAGAAGAUGGGGUUCUGCAAUGAUAGAGAAGACAUCCAUUCCCUGUGUUUGACUGUUGUCCAAAGGUUGUUGGAGAAGAACAAUAUUGGUUAUGGGGAAAUAGGAAGAUUGGAAGUUGGCACUGAAACCAUAAUUGACAAAUCCAAGAGCGUUAAAACAGUGCUGAUGCAACUGUUUAAGCCUAGUGGCAACACAGAUAUUGAAGGUAUAGAUACCACCAAUGCCUGCUAUGGAGGCACAGCUGCAUUGUUUAAUGCCGUAAACUGGAUGCAGUCUCAGUUUUGGGACGGCCGUUAUGCUCUUGUGGUAGCUGGAGACGUAGCCGUGUACCCCCCUGGUCCAGCAAGACCAACCGGAGGUGCGGGAGCUAUCGCCAUGCUAAUUGGACCAAAUGCGCCCAUCACUUUUAAUAGAGGUAGGCUUUUUUCAAAGUGGUUAAUAGUAUUUAAUAUUUCAAAAAACUAUUAUGUUUUUUCUCAAGUACGAGCGACUCACAUGGAACAUGUGUAUGAUUUCUAUAAGCCUGAUUUGUCGUCUGAAUUCCCUACUGUCGAUGGAAAAAUCUCGAUUGAAUGCUAUUUAAGUGCCCUGGAUUGCUGUUACGAGAGAUAUUGUAAAAAAGAAAACCGUCCUGACGUCAGUUUUGACGAUUUCGAUUACUUUUGCUUCCAUUCACCCUAUUGCAAGUUGGUGCAAAAGAGCUUCGCUCGUCUCUGCGUCAACGAUUACUUUCUCCACAGUGAUAAAGAACAAUCGGAUAGCAAGUAUCCAGAUCUAGUGCCUUUCAAGAAUUUAAAUCUGAAGGAAACGUAUUUUAAUCGAGAAUUAGAACAAGCUGCAGUCAAGUGUAGUAAAACCUUGUUUGAAGCAAAAACUCAGCCGACUUUGAUGGUUGCUAGCAUGGUGGGAAACAUGUACACACCUUCCUUAUAUGGCGGAUUGGUGUCCCUUCUGGUCAAUAAAAAUGCCGAGUCAUUGCUGGGCAAGCGGAUCGGUAUGUUUUCGUAUGGAUCCGGGCUUGCAUCGUCCAUGUUUUCAUUACAAGUGAGUAAAGAUGCCGGCCGAAUUGAACCGUUGCUGGCUUCUCUGGGAGACAUUCCCAGCCGCCUGGAAGCUCGCACAGCCUUACCGCCCGCAGAGUUUACUGCCAUUUUGAAAGCCAAAGAAGACUCGUACAACAAAGCUCCAUAUCAGCCAACCGCUUCGUUGGAUGCGUUGACGUCAGGAACGUAUUACCUUAUAGAAGUGGAUUCGCAAUAUCGGCGUACCUAUGGCCGCCGUCCCUAGAUGUCUCUCUAAGUCGCUCAGCCAGUUAGAAAGUGAAUGAAAGGCGUAAGGAAAUACCAUUUUUGAAAGGUUCAUUCGUUUAAAAAAAGUUAAGUAGUUACACUUAUGGGGAAAAAGAGUUGUUUAUCUCAUCAAAUCAGUUUACAUAUCUGUAAUACAUGUUGACAAUUUAGUUACAAACAUGUCGCCCUUUUUUUAUGUUUCUCUUUUUUUGUGUUUUUUUAGAGGCAUUUAUAUCAUCGAAUUGCAGAGGGAAUCCCUUUUAGCGCGCUGCCCCAUUUUUUCAAGAGGUAAAAAUUCCAGGAAAGAAAAACUGUUCCAGUUUUAAGCUAUUUGAUCAUUGGACAGUUUUCAUUUUAUCCGUUUUUUUUUUAUAAAUGCUGAAAAAGAUGGGGGGGAGGUUUCACACCUCUUCCGGGUGCCGACCUCUUUCCGAAAGAGAAAAAGAAAAAAGAUAAAAAAGAAUGGUACUUGGGCGGGCAAUGAAGUCUUUGAGCAAUAUGGCUCCCCCAACGAGUCCCGAAUUGGAUUGCGUGUGUUUUGAAAGAGAUUCAUUGGGAAAUGGCCGAUUUUCUUCUAUCCUCCAUCCCAUCCUCCGCCUUUCUAUUAGGACGAUGGGCGUUGACGUCCCUGACGACUUUGCGGGAUAAAAAAAAAAAAAAAAAAAAAAAAGAGGGGGGACCGCAACAGUCAGCAAAUGGGCCUGGCUCUUUUUAACGGACGACGAUGGAACCUCGGAUCAAAUUAGCAGGGAUACACCCCAACGGACUUAUUUGGAAGAGCGAAGAGGACCUUUUUUUUUUUUUAUCUCUACAGGAGGGGUUAUUACAGCACAUUGGGGGUUUUUCGGCUUCUCAUGUAUAUAACCACUCCUUUCCCUUUUCUUCGGUGAAUCUGAUGGUUGCGUCGGUUCACACACACAAUAGAGAAAAAAAAAAAAAAAAGAAGGGGAAAGAAUGGUGUGUCGUGGAAAACUAUUUGCCAUCGUGAUGGACUUGAUUGGCAGGGCCGCUCACCGCACAAACUCUUCCACCGGGCGAAGCCAUCUUUUUUAGCCCGCAAUCAUUAAGAGGCGCCCGCUUACUAAGGGGGAGGGUGGUAGCUAGUGGUCGUUAAAGGCAGCCUAUACGGGGAGCCCCAUCGACAUCGUUGAUCAACCUCUCCAUAGAAUCCUAUUGCUCUUCACGAAACUUUUUUUCACUGUUAAAAGCAAAGUUUUAUAGAGUGUCUUUUUCUGAUGGAGUACAAUAUCGAUGCUAAUCCCAGUCCAUUGAAAAUAGCCAGUCGAGAUCUCGCUGAACACAAUAGCGACAAGAAGAUGAAAAUAUUCAAACGCCCUGAAUUUCUUUUGUCGCCCCCCUUCUUUUUAAGGGGUGAGAAAAAGGAAAUUAGAAUAAUAGCACGUUCCUUUCUUGUUUUUUUUUUGUUUUUUUCGGCCAGUUGCAUUUCAUCUGUUACAGACACACACGUACUUUUUUUUAGCAUGUGUCCUAUUUUUUGAUGGAUGGUGCACAGUUCUUAAUGAUUAUCUCGUAUUGCCUGUUGUUUUGAUUCCACGCGUAGCUACCGCGGGGCCUCAUCAUUAUGAUCAUUCCCACCUUCUUUUUCUUUCCUGUUUUAUUAGUUAUUCUGCAUCAGUAGCGGGAAAAAAGAACACGCAAAGUGCGUGUUUUAACCAUUUCUCCAAAUGUUCAAAGAAAAA